AUGAAAUACACAGACAUUGAGCAUAUCCCCAGGAUCGUUGAAUCGCUUCGAGAAACGUUCAACUCGGGUAUUACCAAGGACAAGGAGUACAGAAAACAGCAGUUGAAACAGCUCAAGUUAUUUUUGCAAACACAUGAACAUGAGCUAUAUGAUACUGUCUAUAAGGACCUUCAUAAACAUCCACUGGAAACCAUGUCGGGCGAGAUAGCGCCUAUUCUUGGCGACAUAGAUUUUAUGCUAAAGAACCUUGAUAAAUUAUGUCAACCCGUUAGCGUAAAGGCUCACUAUAAGAUGAAUAUGUUGGACAAGAAUAUGAUCAGAAAAGAGCCUAAAGGUGUCGUACUUAUUAUUGGUCCUUGGAAUUAUCCAGUACAUCUUCCACUACUUCCCGUUGUUGGCGCUAUUGCAGCAGGAAACUGUAUUGUAUUAAAGCCUUCCGAGCUAUCUCAACAUACCUCGCAGUUCCUUGCUGAGCACUUGCCCAAUUAUCUUGACGAUAGAUCAUUCCGUAUCGUCACGGGUGGUGUUGACGAAACCAAAGUGGUAUUGGACCAAAAGUUCGAUCAUAUCUUUUUUACUGGAAAUGGAGUGGUUGGCAAAAUAGUCAUGAUGCAAGCUUGCAAACAUCUUACACCAGUUACUUUGGAACUUGGAGGCAAAUCGCCUGCUGUUAUUGCACCAGAUGCCAAUUUAUCGGUCGCAGUAAACCGUAUCCUGUUUGGAAAGCUCUAUAACGGAGGACAGACGUGUGUUGCUCCAGACUACGUCAUGAUCCAAAAGCAAGAUGUAGAUCAGUUUGUCGAUAUAUGUCGCCAAGUCAUUCGCGAGCGAUAUGGAAAUGAUCCUCAGCAGUCAGAUUCCUAUGGACGCAUGAUUGGUGAAAAACGAUUUCAUGCACUCAAGGAGAUCUUGGAUUCGGUAAAUCCUCAAAAGGUGUUGAUUGGCGGCCAAACAGAUCAGAAAGACUUGUACAUUGCUCCUACGGUUGUGAGCCCCGUAGAUGCUCAUGAUCCUAUGUUGAUGGAACAGGAGAUAUUUGGUCCCAUCUUACCCGUUGUCCCGGUUGAAGAUAUGGAUGAAGCCAUUCGAAUCAUCCAGACAAAAGAUUCUCCUCUUGUAGUUUACUUGUUUACAGAAGAUAAAACAACAAGAAACAAAUUCAUGGAUAACACCAAAUCAGGUGCUGUGUUAGUCAAUGAUACAUUGAUGCACGUCUUGGAAAGUUCAUUGCCUUUUGGCGGUGUAGGCGGCAGUGGUAUGGGCUCUUAUCAUGGUAUCAAGUCUUUUGAUACCUUUAGUUACGAGCGCUCUCUCAUGAUUAAAUCCUCUGGCCUUGAAAUGGUCAUGAAAGCUCGUUAUCCGCCUUACAAUGAUGAUAAGAAGCUCAUGUUUGCUUUACUCACUUUAGGAUUGCCAGAUACCAUCACUGAAAAAGUAAAGUUUAUUUUCAAAGUAUGUGGAUCAACCUAUCGUGUUCUCUUUUCAAAGCCUACCAAACAGUAG